CUUAUUUCUCCUCUCUCUCUCGCUCUCUCUCUCUCUCUCUCUCUCAACACCCCCUCCACAUCUCUCCCGUCUGCAUGUAUUAUUUCUCCCCUGCUAAUACAGAGCACUAGCUGUGCAUCACUCUUUUGAGGUUCAUUCGGUUCAUCUCUGCUCAGCAUCCGUCCGCCUCCAGCAUCACUAUGAGCAGCACAAUUUCAGGUUACUCUGAGAAGUUGAGAGAGAUGUCCAUGUUGUCUCUCAUCUGCUCUUGUUUGUAUUCUCAACCUCACGCAAACACAUUCGGGCAGUUUGAAGAUAUAGAGGUAAAGUCUCUGAAUAAGCGAGCUUCUGGUCAGGCGUUUGAGCUCAUCCUCAAGAGUCCAACUGACCUGUCUCCAGAGAAACCCCAGACGCUAGCGUUACCAUCUAAGAAGAAGGAGACUUCACUGGGGGAACUACAGAGGAGAUUACAGGCAGCCGAAGAAAGACGAAAGUGGCAGGAGAAGCAGAUCCUCCUGCAGCUGGCCGAGAAACGGGAGCGUGAGAAGGACGUGCUUCACAAGGCCCAGGAGGUCAACAACAACUACAGCAAGACAACGGAAGAGAAACUCAACCACAAGAUGGAACAGACGGAGGAAAACCGCACAGCCCGUCUUAACGCUCUCAAACAGCGUCUGAGACAGAAGGAGAUCCAUGCCGCAGAAGUACGCAGGAAUAAGGAACUUCACAAUGAGCGGUCUGGAUGAGGACACACGGUCUGAAACAAGUCCAUUCAAUUACGAUCGCAUUUGGACAACGCCGCCUUUUUGGGCACAAUGUUUUAAAGUAACCGGACUCACCUGUCAGUUUUCCCCAUUGGAAAUCCCUAAGCAUGUAACAUAAGAUCACAUUCACUACAUGACCCAACCUGUAUGGACUUUAAAGUCUUUAAAGGUAGCUUAAGCAAUUUCAGAAAAGCUAGUAAGCUCCCUUAAGAGCGCUUUCCAAAACACACAGAUGGGUCGAUGCAUAUUGUUUGUAGACUGUGCGAACAGGGUUUGACAGAUUACAUUUUACAGAACGUUUACACAAUGAAAAACGGAAAGCUUUUUGUGUUGUUGAAAAGUUUGUACAUCUACACAAAUCCGGGAAAUCGAAUAAAAAUGCAGUAUUAUGCAUGCCAGGCCAGUGGAUGGCGAUGUUGCGCUGUAAAGAAACACUAGGUGCUUGCGCACAUAUGCACACCCUGGCCUGUUUUAAGCUAAAAGCGCUUUUAAAACACUUUUUCGGUGUGUAUGUGCAUUUAUAGUAAUGUGUUUUGUCCAGUAUUUACCCAGCAUGAUUCAAAAACAGCCCAACACUUUUUAGAGUGUACCCUGCUCAGGUCAGGUGAUGCUGGAUGAUGGGUCAGGCUCAUUCAUGUCAUUGUAUGGCAUUUUGAUUCAAGUCACGCUGUGUUUACUCAAUAACCAAACCAAUCCAUGUGUAAAAGAUAUACUUUGGGCCAUGUGGUUUAUCUCCCUGUGAAAAUAA